AUGAGCGCACCACCUCGCCGCUCCAGUCUCGGAAUGUUAUUGCGACGCAGCAAGUCGGGCGAGCUGAGGGGCAAGAAGGGGCAAGCGCUUAGAGAGCAGGAGCUCCAGCGUCAGCGUGACGCCUCCAUCCCCAAGAACCCUCCGCGCCUUCCCGUCCUCUACAAUGGCGCCCCCGCCCCCAACUUCCAGAGCUCCUUCGGCGGCGACAUUCGCCCGGACUCUCUCGACGUCCCUCCGGAGCACUACUCACACUCGACGCCCCGGCCUUCCAUGGAGCCCGGCCGAUCUGUCGUCAGCGUCCCCGUCCCGCCCAUCCCCCACGGCGGUGCCUGGGACCCCUAUGCCCGCACCGAGAGCAUGACCCACCGCGGCCGGUACAGCUACGCCAGCAGCGCCAUCAGCACCAUCAACAGCCCCCGGCGUGUCCGCAGACGCAAGGACCCCACGCCUUUCAACAUUCUCAUUGUGGGAACUCGCAACGCAGGCAAGACCUCUUUCCUCGAGUUCCUGAAGACCUCGCUGGCCCUGCCUCCCAAGAAGCGCUCCAAGAGCACCAUUGAGCAGGAGGAAUACAUGGCCAUGUCUCCGCCAUCUGGCAACUUCAUUCCCCACUUCCUCGAGAGCGAGAUCGACGGCGAGAGGAUCGGGCUGACCCUCUGGGACUCGGAGGGCCUGGAGAAGAAUGUCGUCGACUUGCAGCUCCGCGAGAUGUCCGCCUUCCUCGAGAGCAAGUUCGAAGAGACGUUCACAGAGGAGAUGAAGGUCGUGAGAUCGCCUGGCGUACAGGAUACCCACAUCCACGCAGUCUUCCUCAUCCUCGACCCUGCCCGUCUCGACCGCAACAUCGCAGCCGCCAAGGCUGCUACCGCCAAUGGCCAUGGCCACAAUGGCAAGUACGCUCCUCCAGUCCGCGUCGUCGGCGGCCUCGAUGAAGACCUCGACCUCCAAGUGCUCCGGACGCUUCAGGGCAAGACGACCGUCAUCCCUGUCAUCUCCAAGGCCGACACGAUUACCACCAAGCACAUGAACGUCCUGAAGAGGACCGUCUGGGAGAGCCUGAAGAAGGCGAACCUCGAUCCUCUUGAGGCCCUUGGCCUGGACGAUGAUGGCGAUAGCUCAACAACAAAUUCAAACAGGAUCGACGAGGCUGACGAGGACAACCUCGACGCUGAGGCCGGUAGUGAAGAGGAGGUGGAAGAGGGAGAGAAUCCCGAGCACGACCUACCUAUCCAGGGGCGCGAAUCAGCAAACUCAUCUCCCUCAAAACACUCCAAGAGAUUGUCGACCAACUCGGUCCGACGCAACAAGACCGAGGAGCUCAAGGAGGACGAGACUCCGUUCAUUCCCAUGUCCAUCAUCAGCCCAGACAUCUAUGAGCCUGGUGUUGUUGGCCGCCAAUUCCCCUGGGGUUUUGCCGAUCCCAACGACGAAGAGCACUGCGACUUUGUGCGUCUCAAGGACGCCGUCUUCACUGAGUGGCGCGGUGAGCUGCGCGAGGCCAGCAGAGAACAGUGGUACGAGGGCUGGCGAACCAGCCGUCUCAAGCAGCGGGACGGCCCAAAGGCCGCCCUGAGGCGAUAA